AAAUAAACACAUGGACACGCGAUAUUAAAAUCUACCUUACGCGAUCUUAAAGGCGUCUGCACAUUUUGGUUGUACUAGCAGCUGUGCUGGUGAUUGUUUGAGGAAAAUGGAUCAAAUGGGGAGUUUUCCGAGGCGGAGGGAAGGACCUCUUCCUCCUCGACCACCACCUGCUUGGGACGAGCACCAGGCCUACGAGGAGCUGCUGCACUGGGAUAAUAUGAUGCAGGAGGGGUACCGCCUGCACCCGCAGGACUACGACCGGUAUGAAGAGUUGCGUUAUUGGUAUGACUGCUUGUGUUAUGAAGAAGACCUCAGGCAGUACAACCAAUACGUUGUUGAUUACAGGAAGUGGGAAGAGGAGAAUCUGCACCCAGAGGACCUUCCGCCAAUGAGGCCACCGCCUCAGCGAACGUUUGUGAAUGAGGAUCGCUAUGUAAAGGCCAAGCACACAACUGUGUACCCAUCAGCAGAGCAGCUGGAUGCUGUGCAGGGCAUGGUGUCUAAUGUGGAGCGUGCCCUGAAGUCUGUCUCUGAAUGGUUAAAUGAGAAAGAGGGUAGUGCCGCUGAUGCUGUAAGUGCUUCACCUCAAAGUAAAUUGCGUGGUGUUUUGAGAGUGGGCCUGGUGGCUAAAGGACUCCUGCUGAAAGAUGACUUGGAGUUAGAGUUGGUGCUGCUCUCCAGGGAUGUGCCUACCAGUUCUCUGCUCAGGCUGAUCUCUGGAAAAAUCUCAGAAUUCAUAAAGGAUGUUACUGAGGAGAAAUACGUCAUCACUCCAUCUAUCCAAGAUGCUGCUAUUAUUGUUACUAGCCCGACGGAGCCCAGUCUGAAACUGAGCAUCCAUCUGACCUCACCCGUGGUCAGGGAGCAGGUUGAAAAAGAGGUAUCUGGAGAACCGUGCGCGGAAAGCUCUCCGCAGGACGCUCUGGACAGGCAGAAAUGCCUGGCUUCUCUGGCGUCUCUCCGCCAGGCCAAGUGGUUCCAGGCUAAAGUGUCCGGGCUUGAGUCGUGUGUCAUCGUGAUUCGGAUCUUGCGGGACUUGUGUACCCGUGUUUCAACGUGGGCCCCUCUCAAAGGAUGGAUUAUUGAGCUGCUCUGUCAGAAGGCUAUUUCAACCAGCGAGAGGCUGCUGGGACCUGGAGAGGCGUUCCGGAGAGUUCUGGAGUGUCUUGCUUCAGGGAUACUAAUGGAGGAUGGUCCAGGCAUUUCUGAUCCCUGUGAGCGAGACAGCACUGACGCUAGCGUCCAUCUUACACUGCAACAGAGGGAAGACAUUACCCAGAGUGCACAGUUUGCCUUAAGACUGUCAGCUUUUGGGCAGCUGUACAAAGUUCUUGGAAUGGACCGCCUCAAUUCCAAAGCUGCUAGAAUGUUCAACGAACAAAACCGAGUAGCUGAUAUUCCAGUAAAGAGGCCAAGGGAAGUUUAUGAUGCAGGGGAUCUUGAAAUGAGGCCAAAGUUUCCAAGAAAAGAAAAAUACAGCAUACCUCAUCUAGUGGAGGUUGAUGGGCAAAAAUUCCAGGGCUCUGGAUCAAAUAAGAAAUUAGCCAAAGCCAACGCAGCACUUGCAGCAUUAGAACAGCUUUUUCCAGAAGGUUCUCCUGCAGACCCACUCAAGAAAAAGAGAUUCCCUCCUAUGGGCUAUGGUAUGGCUGGAGUAUCUUACAAUGCAGGAAAUCGAGGUAGAGGAAGAGGCAGAGGCAGAGGGAGAGGAUUCAACACUGGCAAGUUUGCAGGCUCCACCACUACUGCUGGAUUGACCCCAGCCCAGUCUGUUACCAACUCCAGCACACCUGUGAAUCCACAGGAAGACCCGUCUGCGACCUCCACCGUCAGCACGGCCACCUACCAGGCUGUCCCACCGCCAGUGACUGGCUAUUAUAAUCAGUACACCCAAUCCUAUUCACAAUUCAAAAAACCCGUGGAUCAGGGCCAGAAUCAGGCUCAAACUCAAACCCAGAGCAAAGCAACAAAUCAACAAGCUCCUCUUGUUGGACCAGACUACGGCUACGGAUAUCAAGGGCCUGGCAUGGGAAUGGCAGGACCACCUGAUUUCAAUUAUGCAGCGUACAGUGGACCACCUGGUACAGCAACGUUCGGGCCACCUGGAACAACAAAUCAGAGCUAUAGCUUCACCCAGAGCGCCUACCCCAACCUGGGCGGCUACAGCAGUGGAGCCAAUAGCACAGACUACACAUACAGAUAAACAUAACGCGUUUUCCGUGCUCAGAAAUGUACAGACACUCAUUUAAUGUCAUUUCUGUAAUUCUAUAUCCUACAGUGUCCUCUGAGUUGAAACAUUUGCUCUAAACCUUUUGAGAUUUUAUACCGUUUUGUGUUGAUUUUGCCAUUUGAACUGCACCUCAGUAACAGAAUUAGCAUGGUUUUGAUUCACCACUAGUUUCAGGAAAUGAUACAUCAGGAUGGAAGUUGCUUUCUGUCUGUGCCUAAAUGGUUGGUGUGACUCAAAUGGAAAUUGUCUCACAUAACUCCGUUUUAAAGGUAUAUUUAUGAUCAUCCUCUUGUUUUGCUUCUAAAUUUUUAGCUGUUAUUUUUUUUGUUUUUUUGGAAUGAAUGUGGAUAAUGAAUGCAGACUUUUAUGUUUACUUCUCUGAAACCACUUCAGCCAUUUCUUGUUUGGAUUUUUAAGAGGUUUGAUUUGCAUUACUCGGUUUAAUCUUGGUAUCGUCUUUUAUGUAGAAUGUAGCUAUUUGCUGUUAAAUAGGCCAGUGCAGAGGUUUUGUGUUUUCUGGGGUGGAUGUUAAGUCAUAUCUUUGACCUGUGCAGAAAUAAACAUUUUUAAUUGCU